AUGUCCCCCCGAGCAGCAGACGCUCAGCCUGAGCAGCAAAGCUGGUGCACCAGGAGCCGCCUGAUUCCGCUGAUCCUGGGCUUGCUGUGCUUGAUUGCCAUCAUCGUAGGCAUUGCCGUGGCCGUGGCCAGCGCCAAUCAUGGCUCGGGCCCUGCUCCCCCACCGCUGCCGGCUGGUCCGGUGCGGGGGGUGGCGUAUGCCCCGCUGCCAUGCACCAUGGACGCGCCCUGCAAGGAGAAGCUGCCCAGUGAGGACGUCAUGCUGCCUGGUUACGCAGCCCAGUGGGGCCCGAAGGGCCGCAAUGACCUGGAGGUCAUCCAGAAGUUGGGUGCCAAUGCGGUCCGCAUGUACAACUCCCUGGGCUACGAUGGAGACCACGGCGCCUUCCUGGACCGAGCUCACUCCCUUGGCCUGAACGUGAUGCCGGGCAUCGAAACCAGUCUGGCACUCUACAACUGCACCAACUUUGACUGCUACGACACUGUCAAGAAGGUGAUGAAGGAUGGCUUUGCCCAGGGCUUUGCCAAGGACAAGCAGUGGCACCCUGCCGUCCACUUGGUGGUUCUGCUGAAUGAGCCAGACUUCUUGGUGAACGACCCUCGCUGCCCGGGCAAAGCCGCCUGGUGCCGGGUGAAGGCGGUGCUGUCUGCCCUGGACGGCUUUCUGGCAGCUGAGAAGGAGGCGGGCAUCCAGCCUGGCCGAGUCAACCUCACCACCACCUGGUCCUUCUCCGUGGCGGAUUCCAUCGACGGAAAGUGCAAGAAGUGCCCUGGCUACUUCGGCUUCCAGGACAUGCUGGCGGUGAUGAAGGAUCCAUCCCUUGCCAAGUACAAGCUGAAAUCGAGCGCUGCAGAGGUGGCGGAUGCGUUCGACAAGAGGUGGGUCAAUGGGGUGAACGUGCAUGACCCGUGGAGCUUUGUCAAGGACACCAUUGCUAAGAACUACGCGCCCUUCGGAAACAAGCCUUGGUUCAUCGGCGCCUUUGGAGACCUGAGUCAGCCCCACGAGAUUCUGAAGAAUGACGUCAAGGCAAUGCACGAGUAUGCCUCCAACUCCAGCCUCUUCUUGGGCGCCACGGUUUUCGAGUUCCAGACGGCGUACUUCAAGGGAGGCACCGAAAUGAACUUCGGUAUGUUUGGCCUGGGCAAGACAAAGAUCGGGGACGCAGAUGUGUGCGACCAGCAGGGCGCCUGCGGCAAGUGGCCAGUCUACUGCCUGGAGACCAACCUGACUUGGGUGCCGGCUGACCAGGCUCAUCGCGCGGAGGCUGUGGCGGCUGCAUGGGGCGGCAAGGUCACUGGCCUUUGCAGCAGCACUGUGAGCACAGAGCCGGAGAUGCGGAUUGUGGUCUGA